GUGUAUGUUGGGGACGGAAAAAAUUUGCUUUCUGCACGAGUACCCGUCAACCCUGAUUUUUUGUUCCAAAGUCCAGCAACUGGUACAACCACAGCGGCAGCAACAGCCUCACCGUUCUACAAUCUGCAGACGUUUCCCGGCUGCUAUCAGCCAUCAGCAUUUCCCCCGAUCACCCCCGCAUAUCUACACUCAAUUUGGCCGCAGGGUUGGCAAUCGCCGGCAAGGACAAUAGCUCAUUUCCAGCAUCACCAAAUGCAGUACCAGCAGCAACAGCAACAGCAUCAACAUCCGAAACAUCAUCUACCGCCUGACUUGCAACCGUACGUCCAGCUGACCGGUGCAACGUGGAUGGCUGAUACGGCUGCAUCACUGAUCGGUACCACAGAUUCUCAACUACGCUCGGUCGGGCACCACCAACAGCACCAACUGCAGCAGCAGCAACAGCAACAGCAGCAACAACAGCACCAACCAUCGCUGAAGGCAACAGCUUCGGUGCAGACCACGCUCACGGGUCCACUGCGACCCGAUCCUGAUACUGCUGCCGCAACACGAUCAGCUGCUGCUCUGAGUAGCUCCGGCCCGUACAUGCAGUCGUUUACGCAGCGUACGAGCAGCCCGCGCACAUUUGCGACAUCCGCUACUCUUGGCACUUCCCACAGCAGCGGUGCAGCGGUAGCAGCAGUGCAGCACGCUUCGCCGAUCUUACGGAGCCACGAGGUACAGAAGAUUUCCAGGUCAGAUUACGUUCCAUUGACAGUGGCAGAUGUAGCCGAGCACGUCCCUCUAGCUUCGCGGGUGCAAGGCAUUGCAGGGUCGGAUUGCGUUCGGCCAUCGCCAGGAGCCACCGAGCACGUCCCGGUAGCUUCUUCACGGGUUCACGAGGAGCAAAGAAUUAUAAAGCCAGAAUGCAUUGGAGCGCCGGGACCCGAGCACGUCGUUGCUUUGGCUUCAGGUGGGGGACAUGAGCUGCUGAGGUUCCCUAAGCCAGAAUGCGUUGAGCAGCAGCAUACCCCAUUAGCUUUGCAGACCCAUGAAAUGCAGCGGAGGAUGGCGGCAGAUGGUGGUGGUGGUGGUGGUGGUGCAGCAGCAGAAGUAAAAGUUGAGCAUGAUUCCCUAGUUUCACCGGUCCAUGAGACACAAAAACCGGCCUCUAGGCCGCCGGGAUGCGUAGCAGCGUCAGAAGCAGUUGAAUUAGCUGCUGCUUCUCAGGUGCGCGAGAUGCAGAGAACUCCAGCUGCAGCCGCUGCAGCAGCUGCAGCUCAAGCUACUCCAUCCACUCUUGAUAGUGUGAAGCGUGCCGAAUGUGAUAGUUCGGUACCGAGUCCCCCAAAGACCACUACCAGUCAGGUGAGCAUGCUCGGUGGCCCUGCUAUGACGAUGCAUCGCGAUGCCGCAGCAGCAGCAGCUGUUGCUGCUGCUAGUCAUGCUUCAGCAGCAGUAGGGAUAGUAGAAAACGCGCACAUUCAGGCUCAGCAUGUUCAGGUUACUCCAACGGCGCCAGCGAUAGCUGCUAAGCAUGCAGCAGCACGGAGUUACCGACUGGCUGGCCUGGAGGAACUCACUGAAGAUCUGCUGGAAUAUCCACCAGCACCGGCAGUGAUUACUUCGACAGAAGCCCCCAGUGCAUCUGUAGAACCAGCGGCAGCAACAGUAAGACAAGAGCCUGAGGCUGAGGAGACGUCGGAGCGAAGGGAGACAAGGAAACCGCCGAGCUCGCCGAAAAGGCGUGGACAUGGUCACUCGGAUUCGUCACGUUCCCCCAGUCGUACGCCGGUGGUUGCUGAAGCAAAACCUGAACCGAAGAAACGACGCAAGAACACCGAGGUGGCAAUGCUCCUAAAUGAUUUGACGGAAGUGGCCUGGAGUCAUUUGGCCAGAAAGAGCACCAAGAAGAUUAUUGCGCCAACACAAACAAGGUACCUUUUUUGCGUUGCUUCACUGGAACAUGUCAUAUUGCUUGAUGAUGAGGGCAUACUGUGGAAAGUGUGCACAAGUGAGGCGAAUGAGGAGGAAGAGGAUAAGGAAUGCUCCAGUAGUGAAUCAGAAGAUUCUGAGAAACCUCAAAAGAAGCCGAGCCAUCAGCAGAGGAAAACAACUAAAUCAGAAGCCAGCGCGGCUGUAAAAAGUGUUACAUUUUCUAGAGCAUCUGAGACUGCUCCAAAAGCGGGGCCUUCUGGACGGAGGCGAGGACGACCGCCGAAGGCGCCCGGUACCGCGGAACCGAAAAGCAAAGCACGCAAGAAAAAGACUACGAAAAAGUCCUCCAGUAGCAGUAGUUGUAACUCAGAUUCCGAGCCUGAAGAGAAAAAGAAGAGCGUGAAAAAGACAUUGCCGGCACCAAAAGAUAGACCCAUGUCGGCGGCUGAAAAAAUUGAACUUGCACUUGGUAUGGCAAGGAAAAAAAGGCCUAAGAAGCGAUCUCCGGAGACUGACGAUGAUGAUGAUGAUGAGGGCAGUAGUGCUGCAUCAUCGAGCUCUUCUUCAUCAUCAUCAACACCACCAGCUCGUCGUACGUGGAGUGGAGCAUCGCAACGAAAAACGGGUUCAACACCGGGAAGUAGAGGUGUUUCAAAGAAGAAAGUUGGGAGAACAGGCCGAACAUCACGUGCUGCAGGUAGGGCUGCCCCACGAAAACGUACGGCUAAAGCCGCUGCAACUGCCGGCAGAAGAAGGCGCAAAAAGAAAAAUCGGUCAUCGUCGUCGAGUGAAAGUGGUAAGUGA